AUGGAGCAGCCACAGCAGAGGGUGGCAAGUGCCGAGGAGGACGACCGACAACUGGCCGCCGACGUUUUGGAGCACGCGGCGCAGGUGCCAGAGGAGAGCCGCAUCCAGAGGACGCCCAAGAGGCCGACUGGCGUCUUGAGUGCAGUGGUCGUGACGCCCCCCACAGAGUUGUGGCCGCCCAUUCAGGCCCUACGCAGCCAGUAUGACCCGGCUUGCGAGCGCUGGAUGCCACACAUCAACCUGCUCUACCCGUUUGUGCUGGACGAGUUCUUCACCGAAGCCGCGGACGAGCUCACCCGCGCCUUGGCCAGCUUCCAGCCGUUCAAGCUGCGCUUCGAGGGCUUCCGCGAGUUCCACCACACCAAGUCCAACACGCUGUGGCUCGAGCCACAGACCGAGGACCGGCUGCUGGGGGUCUAUCGCUACUGCAGCAACCAAGCGCGCAAGACGCCGGCUGGCUUCGUGCCACAUCUCACCAUCGGCCAGUUCAAAAGUCUCUUUCGGCUCCACUCCUAA